CUUCAGUUGAAAAAGAAGAGUUGAGCGAUUGAAACGACAAGAUACACACAGUUUGUUUGUUUUGUUUUUAGUGAAAAGAAAUAUUUUUAUUGUUUGAGCCAUGAAGUAUGAACUAUUUUCGAAAACGAUCGGAAGAAGAGAUCCGACAGGCAUAUGUAGAUUUUGCCUAACAGCAAAUGGAUUACGACGCCUUCAGACCAAAGAAAUAGCGCAGCUAUUCAACCAGAUUACACAUCAGAAUCUGUAUGUUACAGCUGAUCAUCCAGCCUUUAUCUGCACAAUAUGCGAAGCAAAUUUACGACUAGCCGCCAAAAUUAGCAACGACAUCCAGGCAAUCGAAAAAUGUUGGAACAAGUACAUCGAAGAAAUGCAUACGCUGAAAGAAGUGAAGGUCGAAUACGUGGACGAUGAAGAAGUCAAUUUCGAGACCGUGGAAAUGAUCAUUGAACCCGUCGAUCAAAUGUACCAUGUUGACUACUUGGACGUCGAUUCGAAACCUGAAUACGAGCCACACAGUUACGUUGCUGACGGUAGCGUCGAGAAUUAUGACGAUUCGAUCAGUGAUUCGAAUGAAAACGAUGAGAACGACAGUCCAAAGUUGUCAUCAUCCCCGAAAUCAAAAGGUUGUGAUCGUUGUAAUAUGACUGGUUUGUUGCCGGACGAACUGAAAACACAUCAGCAACGUUGUCAUAAAGAAACUCCACAAUUCGCAUGCGACAUUUGUCAGGCUCGCUAUUCAAGUCGUUAUGGGAUACACACGCAUAUGAAACGACACAUGCAGGGUUCCACUAACAAAGCUGGAUCGAAGCUAAUCAAACGGUAUGAAUGUGACCACUGUGGGGAUCGUUUUAGUAAGAAGCAGAACUUGAUGGAACACGCACUACGGCAUGCAGGGGGUGAUGCUGCACUGCAUGUUUGCCACAUUUGUGGAAUCGCUAAAAGGACGAAGGUUCUGAUGACCAAUCACCUGAAGUCGCAUGAUACGAACUAUGUUUCCAAGAAAAAUUCAACAGCCAGGGCGAGAAGUACGAAGAGAUACUACACAUGCUGGAUGUGUCCGACCAGAAUUGAUUUUAACACCCUCGACGAACUGAAAUCGCACCGCAAAAAUCUGCACCACGAUUUCCAGUGUAAUAUUUGUAAAAAUGGUUUCAUGACCAAUGAAGCGCUGCAGAGUCACAUUCUCAUCCACGGUAACCAAGAUCGUCCGCAUCUGUGCAAGUUCUGUGGUGGCACAUUCGCUAAAAUUGGACAUUUGAAAUCGCACAUCCAAGGCAAACAUGCCCAACAGAAACCGUUCCCGUGUGACAAAUGCACCAAGGGAUUCGUUCAUCGCUACCAAUUGCAGGCACAUAUUCGCAUUUUUCACGAUAAAAUCAAAGCUUUCCAAUGUACCGAGUGUCCGACAUCUUUCGGUCAUGCUAAAUCGCGAGUUUGGCACAUGAGGACUGUACAUAAGAUGUAGCUUCUGCAAGCUAGAAUAUAAAAAUUGAAAAAUUA